AUGGUUGAAGCAGCCUCGGUCUUGGUCUUGUCCGAAAAGGAAAAAGAGAAGAUUCAAACCGAGUACGCGUUGGUUUAUGGUUUCAUCGUGAUCAUGCCUUUGAUCAUGGCUUUGUGUAAGUCGUCUUCUUCAGCCAGACAAGAUCCAGAAAUUGAUGAAGUAAUUGAUUUUUUUAUAAAUAUUUCAGGCAUUCACAAUGUUAAACUCUACUCCUACAAAGAAUUAAAAAAUGCCACCGAAGAUUUUAGUCAAGCCAAUAAAAUCGGAGAGGGUGGUUUUGGUUCUGUCUACAAGGGACGACUUAAAGAUGGAAAAGUUGCUGCAAUAAAAGUUCUUGCUGCUGAAUCAAGACAAGGAGUGAAGGAGUUCUUGACAGAGAUUAAAGUGAUCUCAGAGAUAGAGCAUGAAAAUUUGGUUAAGUUAUAUGGUUGUAGUGUGGAUAAAAAUAACAGAAUAUUAGUCUACAAUUACCUUGAGAAUAACAGCCUCUCACAAACGCUUCUAGGUGGAAGUCACGGUAGGAUCUACUUUGAUUGGCGAACAAGAUGUAAAAUAAGCAUUGGGAUUGCUCGUGGACUGGCCUAUCUUCAUGAAGAAGUAAGGCCUCAUAUUGUUCACAGGGAUAUAAAGGCAAGCAAUAUCCUCCUUGACAAAGAUCUUACACCCAAAAUUUCAGAUUUUGGUCUUGCGAAGCUUAUUCCAGCAAACAUGACUCAUGUCAGCACUCGUGUGGCAGGAACAAUAGGUUAUUUGGCACCCGAGUAUGCAAUAGGGGGGAAGCUAACACGGAAAGCAGAUGUUUACAGCUUUGGUGUCCUCCUUGUGGAGAUAGUUAGUGGAAGAUGUAACACAAACUCACGAUUACCAAUAGAAGAACAAUUUCUUCUAGAGAGGACAUGGGAACUUUAUGAGCGAAAGGAAUUGGUUGGACUGGUAGAUUCAUCACUGCAAGGGGAAUUCGACGCCGUGCAGGCUUGUAAGUUUAUGAAAAUUGGUCUUCUUUGCACUCAGGAAUCGCCAAAGCUCCGGCCAUCCAUGUCUUCUGUGGUGAAGAUGCUCACGGGAAAAAUGAAUGUUGAUGACAGUAAGAUAACAAAACCUGCCUUAAUUUCUGAUUUUAUGGACCUCAAAGUUAGAAGGGAAGAAGAAAGUGGUAGUGACGUGAAGAAUUCAUCUAUGUUCAAUACAUCCUCUUCUUCAUACAACCAUGACACUACCAUGUCAUCUGCCACAACUACAACUUUCGCUGCAAUAUAUGAUGAAAGCAUGUGA